CUUAAACUUAUAAGUUAUAACAACCAUGCAUAUGGAGAUGGAGAAUCUGAUUCUCUUCUUUCCUAUAUCUGUUCUCGUUUUCAUAUGUGCUCUCCUCUUUUUUGCUUUCAAGUACUCAAAAUCCAAUUCCAAAACCAACUUUCCUCCGGGAAGUUUUGGAUGGCCAAUUAUUGGUGAGACCUUCUCAUUCAUCAAUGAAACGCAGCAAAGAUUUGUGUGGGAAAGAAUGAAAAGAUACUCCCCAAAACUCUUCAAAACCAACGUCUUCGGCGAGCCAACAGUGGUGUUUUGUGGCAUUCCCGGUCACAAAUUUAUCGCUUCCAACGAGGAAAAACUUUUUUUGGCUUGGCGUCCACACUCCAUGCAGAAGCUCUUCCGCUCUUCCUAUCAAAAAGCUGCUUCCCAGGCCACCAUACCACGAGCCGAUGCAGUCCAAAUCUAUCGUGCCCCGGGUUUUCUUAAAUCCGAAGCUCUGGUUCGGUACAUAGAAACCAUGGAUUCUUUGGUUCAGGAGCACUUGAAGCUUCACUGGGAUGGAAAAAGCACAGUUGAGGUAUACCACCUCGCUCAGCUACUUGUGAUGACUCUAUCUGCUCGCUUCUUCACCGGACUCCAAAACAACCUAGGCCGCACUGAAAAGUUUACCGAAUUGAUGAAUAUCAUAACUUCAGGGCUGCACACUGUUCCUUUGAGUAUUCCAGGAACCACCUUCUACAGCGCAAUAAAAGCCGCGGAUGCUAUGAGAAAGGAGGUUCUUUUGUUGAUCAAGGAGAAGAAAGCAGCAAUGUCUAGUGGAGUCCAAAUGCACGAUAUCAUGUCUUUCAUGUUGUUUAACGCAGAUCCCACCGGUCGUUUCGUACCGGAGAAUGAAGUUGCUGACAAAAUUAUGGGUUUGAUGGCCGGUGGAUUCCACUCGCCUUCCAUGGCUACAAGUUUUCUAAUCAAGUAUCUUGGAGAGAACCCUGAAAUAUGUGACAAAGUCCGAACAGAACAAUUAGAGAUUACACGCUCAAAACAAUCCGGUGAAGCACUUAAUUGGGAUGAUAUCCAGAAGAUGAAAUAUUCUUGGGGUGUUGCACUUGAAGUCAUGAGGCUGGUGCCACCUCUUCAAGGAACAUUUAGAGAGGUCAUUACAGACUUCACCUACGAAGGUUAUACAAUUCCAAAAGGGUGGAAGGUGUAUUGGUCGGCUAGCAGCACAAAUAAAGUCUCCGAGUAUUUUCCAGCACCAGAAAAGUUCGAUCCAACCAGGUUCGAGAAUGGAAAAGCUCCCCCUGCUUACUCGAACAUCCCAUUUGGAAGCGGACCUCGAAUUUGUCCAGGAAAAGAAUAUGCUCGUAUGCAACUCCUGUGUUCGCUUCAUCACAUUGUGACCAAAUACAAAUGGGAAGUGAUAAAUCCAAACGCUAAGAUCGCAAGUGGUAUGAAUCCCGUUCCCGAAGAAGGCAUUCACAUUCGCCUCCAACCUUAUUAG